AUGACACGCAAAUUCGUGAAGGAUGUCUAUUUCCUCCGUCUGCCCGCCGCCACCUAUCUUCUGGCCGCCCUUGGGGGCAAUUCCUCCCCCAGCGCCAAGGACAUCAAGAAGAUCCUGGACAGCGUGGGCAUCGAGGCCGACAACGACCGGCUCAACAAGCUCAUCAGUGAGCUAAGUGGGCAGAACAUUGAAGACGUCAUUGCCCAGGGUAUUGGUAAACUUGCCAGCAUGCCUGCUGGUGGUGCUGUGGCCGUCUCCGCAGGCCCUGGCGCUGCAGCUCCUGCUGCCAGCUCUGCCCCAGCUGCAGCAGAGGAGAAGAAAGAAGAGAAGAAGGAGGAGUCUGAGGAGUCAGAUGAUGACAUGGGCUUUGGCUUGUUUGACUGAGUCCCCUUCGUGCAAAUAAAGC